UUUCCCUCAAUCAUUAGACUUUAGACGCUAAACCUCAAAACACACACUCGAAAGAGUGAAUUAAAAUUAAAUAAAAGACAUUUAUAUAAUUUUUUCCCUUCGAUUCCAGAUUUCUUGGGUUUCAUUUGAUCGAUUCUGUACAUCUGAAUUGUAUUCAUCUCUCUACAACAUGUCAACAACACCCACAUUGCCGCUUCAUAAUGGAUGUAUCUUGGGAGAUUAGUGGUUCUGUAAUUGUGGGGUUGUGUUAAAUUAUUGUUUAUCUUUUGGGUGAUUUGAGUGGAUUUAGAAAGAGUGAUUAAUGAGGAAGAAGAGAAAGGGAACUGAAUUGUUGUGCCCAAAUCGGAAAGAUGUUUUGGGAUCAACUAGUGAUGAUUCGGGGUCGGCGAGAUCCAACUUAAGGUGUCAUUAUUCGUUAGAAGAUUAUGAUAGGUUGAAGAAGAGGUGUAAAGAAGGUGUUGAAAGUGUUGAUGAGACUGUUGGGUCAUGUAGAGUGAGGCUUGCUGGGAUUGCUGCUACUGCUCCGGCUUGUGCAACGACAUCCUUGUCUGGUUUGUCGGGGAGAGGGAUUAAGAGGAAGAUAGGGUGUAUUGAUGCAGCGACGCAAAUGGGUCGGAAGAAUAAGAUUGAAGAUGAUUUCAUUUCUGGGGCUACGAUUGGUAAAGGAAAGUUUGGGUCAGUUUGGUUGUGUAGGAGUAAGGUUAGUGAAGAGGACUUUGCAUGUAAAACGUUGCAUAAAGGGGAGGAGACAGUGCAUCGUGAGGUGGAGAUAAUGCAGCAUUUAUCAGGGCAUCCUGGAGUUGUUACUUUGAAAGCAGUUUAUGAGGAUCCCAAAAGCUUUCACCUUGUAAUGGAGUUGUGUUCAGGUGGAAGGUUGAUUGAUCAGAUGACGAAGCAGGGAAGGUAUUCUGAGCAACAAGCGGCUAAUAUUUUUAAGGAUUUGAUGCUGGUGAUUAAGUAUUGUCAUGAGAUGGGAGUUGUCCAUAGAGAUAUAAAGCCUGAAAAUAUUCUUCUCACAAACUCUGGUAAGAUAAAGCUCGCAGAUUUUGGUUUAGCCAUGAGGAUUACCAAUGACCAAAGUUUAAAUGGAAUAGCAGGAAGUCCGGCUUAUGUUGCCCCGGAAGUCUUGUUAGGGAAUUACUCUGAGAAAGUGGAUAUCUGGAGUGCUGGAGUCCUUCUAUAUGCUUUGUUGGCUGGUGCUCUUCCAUUUAAAGGAAACUCGCUAGAAGACGUUUUCGAGGCAAUUAAGACUGUGAAGCUCGAUUUCCAAGCUGGGAUAUGGGAAUCUAUAUCGAAACCUUUGAGAGAUUUGCUCGAGCGUAUACUUACAAGGGAUGCUGCUGCAAGAAUAACGGCUGAUGAAAUAUUAGCACAUCCUUGGAUUUUGUUUUACACCGAGCGCACCUUGAGGACAUUAUCUUUUAAGUCAAAAACAAAGAAUCAGCCAGGAUCUCACCACUUACCCGUAUCAUUUAUUCCAAACUCUAGUAGAAAGAUAAGAGACAGCAAUUUUGUCGAUGAUGAUUCUAGUCGAAAUUCAUCGUCUGAAAGUUUAAGCCAGGAAAAAGACGAGCAGGAUGACUGUGGUUUUGUCGAUGCACUUGCAGUUGCAAUCUCACAUGUGACUAUUUCUGAGCCAAAGAGGAGCAGGUUGUGUGGUCCUACCAGUCCAAUACGAGAGCAGUGUUCAUCUAACGUGACAUCUAACAGUCUUUGCAAAGCAUUCUGAUUCCAACACGACUCACCUCACAGUCAUCAUCUCCGGUUUUUGAAAGGGGAUCAGUGCUGACCUUCCCAACUAUAGACAUCUCUAGCAAUCACAAAACAAGUAACUUCGCGUCUUCACCUCAAAAUGCCAACACAACUUAUACCUCCUGAUUUCCAGCAGCUGUCGCCGGUCAUUGUACAGAAUAUGUAAAUAGUCAUCGGAUAUGGACUCGUUGAUAUUGGAUGUGGACUCUAGUCUUACCAUAGGAACUUAGGCAUGAUAAUUAUAAGUCUGCUGACUAAAAAUUGAUGGUUUUAGCUUUAUAAUAAGUGCUCAAUUGUUUAGCCA